AGUUCUUCAGUGCAUCACUGGCCGUCAGACGCGCUAGUUGUUAUAACAUAAAAAUAAAAUUACGUAAUUACAUUUAUUUAGACGUGAUACGGACUUAUAAAUUUAAGCUUGAACACAUUGUGAACCUGUGAUUUAAAAAGUUAAAAAAUAAUAAUGGCGGAAGGUGACGUGCCAUUGGUGACGAGUUACGGCGGUAGCGAAAUCGAAUUUGGCGCGAAUGGGAAAGUGUCAAAAUCUAAUUCAAGAAUGUCAACCCUGCUGUUCUGGCAGGGUAAGGGCAAGGCGAACGGCGCCCCCAACGGUAGAAACUGGAUCCACGCGCCAGAUGCUCUCGUUAAGGGACACGUGGCGUAUUUAGUUAAGUUCCUAGGCUGUACGCAAGUGGACCAGCCGAAAGGCAUUGAAGUUGUGAAGGAUGCCAUUAAAAAGUUACAAUUUACGCAACAGCUUAAAAAAUCGGAGACGAAGGAUGGUGCGAAGUGUAAGAAAGUGGAAAUCACCGUCUCCGUCGACGGUGUUGCCAUACAGGAGCCGAGAUCAAACAAUGUGAUGUACCAGUUUCCAUUGCAUAGAAUAUCUUACUGCGCUGAUGACAAAGGCGCAAAAAAGUACUUUUCAUUCAUCGCUAAAGGUGGCAGCACUGUUAACGGGGUGAAUGGCCACGAUGGCGGCAACGCUGAGAAACAUGAAUGCUUCGUCUUCAUAUCGACGAAGUUAGCGUCAGAAAUAACCCUCACUAUUGGCCAGGCAUUCGAUUUAGCUUAUAGGCGGUUUUUGAACGACAAUGGAAAAUACAUAGAGAUGCAAAAACUGACCUUACAGAACAAGAAACUCGAAUUACAAAUGAACGCGUAUAAAAGUCGCUUACAGGAACUGUCAAAAAUAACUUACAAGGAUGAUCUAUCAGCAUACCUGUCACGUAACAAUCUAACCGACAUCGCAGAGUUCAAGCCCCCCCCAGAACUUGAGAAGCAAAUCUCGUCUCUCACUCUUGCGAAUGGCUUCAGCGCUAUGAACGGAACUAAGACUGAUAUCGGUGCGGAUGUCUUAUCAAACAACUCGACAGACACUUUUAACUCGAGCAACGACAAUAAUUUGUUGUUAUCGACACCUCCGCCCACACACAAUGGCAAGACCAACACUACUGGCAAAUUCCUGGGUGACCUAUCAUCCAGCAAGAACCCGGUAGUUGGUACUAAGCUGGAGGGCUUGCUGCUUAAUUCUGACUCGGAUAGUGAUUUCGAUCCGCGCGCUUUCGAGUCUGAACCCGUAACGCGCUUCACUUCACCGAUCAUAGACAACACUGUGACACCAACUCCACCGUUACUGGCUCCACCUCCGAAAGCAUCAAAGCGCCAACAACAACAACAACAGCAACAGCAACAACAAACAUUUAUGCAACCGAUCAACAACGACAUUUUCGGUUCAACACCGUUCUCAAUGCCGGCUCAAGUACAGCCGGUAACGUCACCAUUUGCCGCGCAAACUGCUGUCAAUGUCAAACCGAAUUAUGACAUAAGCGAUUUUAAUUUACAAACAUCUGUAUUUAAUUCGAACUCUUCGUUCACAAACGGUCUGACGGGAUACGAUCCAUUCGAUACCCAGAAAUCUGGAAAUAUAUUCGGUAACACGUAUGGGAAUACUUUCAAUGGUUUCGGUAACCUCAGUGAGAAACAGACGGUUGAAUUGGACAGCAGUUUCAAUGGUUUCCUAGAUAAGACUAUAUCGGAGAUGAAGGAUGGAUUCAGCAGAGGGAUCAGCUUUGGAAACGAUGAUUUUUCAAUAGAUAACCUCGAUCCCCUGAAAAAGAAUUAAAUACAACGCAUAAAUCUAAUAUAGUAACAAUUAACAAAAUCCUUGUGUUAAUUCACACAACAUAGCAUAUAUAAUAAAAUAUUAUUAGAUAAAACUCGUUUAAUAUAAUUACGUUGUGUGAGUUGAGUCGACGAUUCGAAAAUUAAAAAAAAAAAAUGUUGCCAUUUGGUUACAAAAUACGUGAUAAUAG